AUGUACAAACACGUAUUUUUAUUAUUUGGAUUACUGUCAUUAUGUACUGCUCAUUCCCUCCGAGAUCUUUCAAAUCAAGACGAAGAAGGACCUCCCGCAUCAACUCCCGGAGUUCGAAAACGAAGAAUGAUGUCGGAAGAAGAUCAGAAAGUCGUUGAUUAUUAUAUGGAUAAACUGAAUAAAUUGGCUGAUGAGAAGCAUCCCGAGGAACUUCAACAACGAGUCGAAUCGCCAGAGCUGAAAUCAUGGAAUCGUAUGCGUGAUAGUGUACUGAAUCCAGAAGAACAAGGAAAAUUCUUUCAAGGGGAUAUUGUUUUAUUUCCUGAUCAAGCAAAAUCUCUUUAUGAGCAAGCACUGGUAGAAGGAAAAUCUAGAGUGAAAAGGAAGUUUAUUGGAUCUAAUUUGAGACGAUGGGAUGCCAGCCGUCCAAUUAUUUAUGCUUUCGACGGAAGUCAUACUCAACGUGAACAACGGAUAAUCGAACUUGCCUUAGAACACUGGCAUAAUAUAACUUGUUUAAACUUCGAAAGAAACGACCAAGCCAAUUCUGGAAACCGCAUCGUGUUCACUGAUGUCGAUGGAUGUGCUUCAAACGUCGGAAGACAUCCAUUAGGAGAAGAACAACUAGUUUCACUUGCUCCAGAAUGUAUUCGAUUGGGAGUUAUUGCUCAUGAAGUAGCACAUGCGCUUGGUUUCUGGCAUGAACAAUCAAGACCAGAUAGAGAUCAAUAUGUGACUGUUAGAUGGGAGAAUAUUGAUAAAGAUUCGAAAGGACAAUUCUUGAAAGAAGAUCCAGAUGAUGUUGAUAAUGCUGGCGUACCGUAUGACUAUGGAAGCAUCAUGCAUUACCGAUCGAAAGCUUUUUCGAAAUUUGAUGAUUUGUAUACUAUCAGCACAUUUGUCACUGAUUAUCAGAAAACAAUUGGUCAACGUGAUCAACUAUCCUUCAAUGACAUCCGAUUGAUGAAUAAAAUCUACUGUUCAGCAGUUUGUCCUUCGAAACUUCCAUGUCAACGUGGCGGAUAUACUGAUCCACGUCGUUGUGAUCGUUGUAGAUGUCCAGAUGGAUUCACUGGACAAUACUGUGAACAAGUGAUGCCUGGAUAUGGAGCAACUUGUGGAGGAAAAGUUAGUUUAACAAGGUCCACGACAAGAUUAUCAUCUCCUGGAUAUCCAAGAGAAUUCAAAGAAGGACAAGAGUGCUCGUGGCUUCUCGUUGCUCCACCAGGUCAUAUUGUGGAAUUUCAAUUCAUUGGAGAAUUUGAAAUGUAUUGUAAAGUCAGACAUUCCUUAUGUAUGGAUUAUGUUGAAGUUAGAAAUUCUACAGAUUUUGCCAACACCGGAAUGAGAUACUGCUGCUAUGGAACUCCUCCAACCAGAAUUCGUUCUGCUACAACAGAUAUGGUUGUGUUGUUCCGAAGCUUCUAUAGAGGUGGAAAAGGUUUCGAAGCAAGAGCGAGAGCAGUACCUGAGGCGGGUAGCUGGAAUGCUUGGAGCCCAUGGACAGCCUGCUCAGCGUCCUGUGGAGCUUGUGGAAGUCGCAUGAGAACCCGAACUUGCCCACCUGGAAAUGCAUGCUCUGGGGAACCAGUGGAAACCCAAGUGUGCAACACACAAGCUUGUACGGGUAUGUGCGCCCAGAAGCGAGAGGAAGAGGGUCAAUGUGGCGGUUUCCUUUCUUUGCUACGAGGCGUCCGUUGUAGACAAGAGAAAACUGUAAUGGCUCCAUGCGAGAAUGCUUGCUGUCCUGGGUUCUCCCUUCAACGCGGAAGAUGUGUCCGGUGA